AUGAGUUACAGGAAGGGAAGCCAGUUUGUGAUAGAUGACGAUGAUUUUUUUGGGGAGGACAUACAGAUGGAUGAGAUGGACCCGUUUGCAGAUGGCGGGGGAGGAGAUGAGGUGAAUGGGGGAGAUAUGGAUGAGGUGAGCAUGGAUGAUAUGGGGAAUAGUGCGAAUCCGUUUGAGGAGGGGGGAGGAGUUAGAAAUGGACGUAGAAGUGGAGAUAGAAGUGGCAAUAGAAAUGAAAAUAGAAACGGAGAUAGAAGUAUCAGAGGCAAUGAUAGAGCAAAUGAAUUGAACACAUCCCACCACUCCCUCAAGACAUGGGCAUCGCAUCUUUUCGGGCGGAUAAAGAGCAUUACAGACCACGGCAGAAAGCAGGAUGCAGAAAGCAGGCAGGGGACCAGGGAGGUGUUUGUGAAUUCAAGCCAGAACAACGAGCAGUUCUGCGAUAACCGGGUUUCCACAGCAAAGUACAACGCGGUGACGUUCUUGCCGAAAUUCCUGGCGGAGCAGUUCUCAAAGUACGCAAACGUGUUCUUCUUGUUCACGUCGUUGAUCCAGCAGGUGCCGACGGUGUCGCCGACGGGUCGGUACACGACGAUCGGCACGUUGGCAGUGGUGAUUGCAGUCUCAGCAGUGAAGGAAGUCCACGAGGACCUGAAACGGCGGGCUGCGGACGAAGAAUUGAACCAAUCACGGGCGGACAUCCUGGACGUGGGGCUGGCGGACUUCGUGUCGCGGCGGUGGACGGAUGUGCGGGUCGGGCAGGUGGUGAAAGUGCAAGAGGGCGAGGCUGUGCCGGCGGACAUGGUGAUUUUGUCGACUUCGGAGCCCGACGGGCUCUGCUACGUGGAGACGGCGAACUUGGACGGGGAGACGAACUUGAAGAUCAAGCAGGCGCGGCAGGAGACGGCCGGGAUGGUGAGCCCGGGGGAGAUUUCGCGUUUGGAGGGCCGGAUUGUCGGGGAGCAGCCCAACAGCAGCUUGUACACGUACGAGGGCACGCUGUACGUUGCUGGGGGCCCCGUGGUGGCCCUCUCGCCGGACCAGGUGCUCCUCCGCGGGGCCACGGUGAAGAACACGCGGUGGGUGCAAGGGGUGGCGAUUUUCACGGGCCACGACUCGAAGCUGAUGCAGAAUGCCACGGCUGCCCCGAUCAAGACCACCGACAUGGAGCGGAUCAUCAACCGGCAGAUCCUCGCGCUCUUGGCGUUGUUGGUGCUGCUUUCUGUGGUUUCGUCGCUCGGUGACAUCAUCACGUUGUCGGCACACUCUUCCACGAUGGAGUACGUGGGCCAGAAGCAGACGAACAAGGCCGGGUUGUUCUUCCUGGACAUCCUCACGUACUGGAUUCUCUACUCGAACCUCGUGCCGAUCUCGCUCUUCGUGACCGUGGAGAUCAUCAAGUACUACCAGGCGUAUUUGAUAGGCUGCGACCUCGACCUGUACUACGAGCCGACGGACACGCCGACGGUGGCCCGGACCUCUUCGUUGGUGGACGAGUUGGGGCAGAUCGGGUACGUUUUCAGCGACAAGACGGGCACGUUGACGCGGAACGUGAUGGAGUUCCGGGCGUGCUCGAUAGCCGGCCGGUGCUACACUGACCGGAUACCUGAGGGGGAGGCAGCGAGGGUUGUUGACGGGGUUGAGGUUGGGUACAGGGGGUACGAAGAGAUGGAAGGAGAAGAGAGUGAAGAGAUAGAAGGAGAAGAAAGAGAAAGUAAAGAAAGCGAAGAUCCUCCCCAAGACAACCUACAACACCACCCCACGUGCAUUAGAAUGUUCCUCACACUCCUUGCCACGUGCCACACGGUGAUCCCCGAGGUGCAGGAGGACGGCAGCGUGAAAUACCAGGCGUCGUCUCUUGACGAGGGGGCGUUAGUGGAAGGGGCCCGGCGCCUUGGGUACGAGUUCCGGGUCCGGAAGCCGGCGAGUGUGGGCAUUCGCGUGGGAAACGAGAUGCAGGAGUUCAAGCUUCUCAACAUCUGCGAGUUCAACUCGACGCGGAAGAGAAUGAGCUGCGUGUUCCGGUGCCCGGACGGCCGGAUCCGGGUGUUCGUGAAGGGAGCAGACAGUGUGGUGUUCAGCCGGCUCGAGCCCCAGUCACGGUACGUGGAGGCGACGGCAGCCCACCUGGAGGCGUUUGCCGGGGAUGGGUUGCGGACGUUGUGCCUCGCGGAGCGCGUGGUGGGCGAGAAGGAGUACCAGGAGUGGAACCGGGUGUACCAGGCGGCCGCGGUGAGUGUGGAGGCCCGGUCGCGGCGGCUGGACGAGGCGGCGGAGCAGAUUGAAACACACUUGCACCUCCUGGGGGCCACGGCCAUCGAGGACAAGCUCCAGGACGGCGUUCCCGAGACGAUCCGGGCGAUGCAGCAGGCCGGCAUCAAGGUGUGGGUUUUGACGGGGGACCGCCAGGAAACAGCGAUAAACGUGGGCAUGAGCUGUGGGUUGCUCUCGGAGGACAUGAAUCUUUUGAUAGUGAACGAGCAGACCAGGGAGGCGACCCGCGAGAACAUCGCGGACAAGCUGAGUGCCCUGGAGCAGGCCCAGGGGGAAGAUACAGACAGCCUGGCCCUGGUGAUCGACGGGCGGUCGCUCGGAUUCGCCCUAGAGCCCGAGAUGGAGGACUCGCUGCUGGCACUGGCCCUACGCUGCAAAGCAGUGCUCUGCUGCCGGGUCUCGCCCUUGCAGAAGGCCCUCGUGGUCAGGCUCGUCAAGAGAAAGACAAACGCGAUCCUCCUGGCGGUCGGCGACGGGGCAAACGACGUCUCGAUGAUCCAGGCCGCACACGUGGGCGUGGGAAUCAGCGGGCUCGAGGGAAUGCAGGCAGCCCGGGCUGCAGACUUCUCCGUGGGCCAGUUCCGGUUCCUCCGCAAGUUGCUCCUCGUGCACGGCGCCUGGUCCUACCACCGGCUCUCGCAGGCCAUCCUCUACUCCUUCUACAAGAACAUCGUGCUCUACAUGUGCCAGUUCUGGUUCGCCUUCAGCAACGGCUUCUCCGGCCAGUCCAUCGUCGAGUCCUGGACCUUGACCAUGUACAACGUCAUCUUCUUGGCCCUCCCACCUUUCGUCAUCGGCAUCUUCGACCAGUACAUCUCCCAGGACAUGCUGCUCCGCUACCCGCGGCUCUACACGCUCGGCCAGCACGGCCACUUCUUUAACGUCCAGAUCUUCUGGGCCUGGGCCGCAAACGCCUUCUACCACUCCGGCAUCAUCUUCCUCGCCGUGCUUUUCAUCUACCGCCGGGGCAACGCCCUCCCGGACGGCAACAUCGCCAACAUCUGGGUCGUGGGAAUCACACUCUACACAUCCUGCCUCCUCACCUCACUCGGAAAGGCCGCCCUCGUCUCCUCGCAGUGGACCAAGUUCACCUUGCUCGCCAUCCCGGGCUCUUUCCUCAUGUGGCUCAUCGCAUUCCCGCUCUACGCCGUCAUCGCCCCCCGUGCAGGCGUCUCUCUCGAGUACUGGGGUGUUUUCCGCUACGUCUACGGGUCCCCGACCUACUGGCUGGCCAUCAUCGUCAUCCCGGUCCUCUGCCUUCUCCGUGACUUUCUCUGGAAGUACUACAAGCGCAACUGGAACCCAGAGAUGUACCACGAGGUCCAGCGUGUCCAGAAGUACCACAUCCAGGACCACCGGCCCAAGUUCUCCUCUUUCCAGAGCACCAUUCGCAAGGUUCGCCAGGUCCGCCGGAUGCGUAAGCAGAGGGGCUUUGCUUUCUCCCAGACACGUGGCCAGGGUGAUCUUGUGCGGAAGUACGACACUACCAAGACCAGGGGGCGGUAUGGUGAGCUGCAGUGA